AUGGCAUCAGGUGAAUGGUGUUUAAUUGAAUCGGAUCCAGGUGUUUUUACUGAUCUUAUUCAUGGAUUUGGUGCUGAGGGUGUUCAAGUUGAAGAAAUUUUCUCACUUGAUGACGAUAGUCUAGAACAGAUGAAGCCAUGUCAUGGUUUAAUUUUUUUAUUUAAAUGGCAACAAACAGAUGUACCAACUGAAAACCUGGUUAAAGAUUCACGUCUCGAUGAAAUUUUCUUCGCUAGACAAGUUAUAACAAAUGCUUGUGCCACACAAGCUAUCGUCUCCGUUUUAUUGAAUUGUACACAUGAAGAUCUAAAACUUGGUUCGACCCUGUCGGAGUUCAAAGAGUUUGCUCAAGCAUUCGAUCCUCAAAUGCGAGGUUUGACCUUAUCAAAUAGUGACAAAAUUCGCGAUGUGCACAAUAGCUUCGCUAGACAACAAUUAUUUGAAAUGGAUUCACGUGAUGAAAAGAAAGAUGAAGAUGCUUUUCAUUUUAUCGCCUACGUUCCAUUCAAAGGUCGUUUAUACGAACUCGAUGGUUUACAAGAGGCUCCGAUUGAUCAUGGUUCAAUUCCAGAAGGUACUGAAUGGACUGAUGUUGCUCGACCAAUCGUCCAACAACGUAUGCAAAAAUACAGUGAAGGUGAAAUUCACUUUAGUUUAAUGGCUGUUAUCAGCGAACUCCGUAGAAAAUAUGAACGCGAGUUAGAACGAGUGUUAAAUGAUUCUGCUAUGACGGAUGAUGAAAGAAACGCCAAAACGUCCCAUCUAUCCAUGCUCAUUCAAGAAGAGGAACGAAAAAGAGAAGUCUAUCGAACUGAAAAUCUUCGUCGACGACAUAAUUGGUUACCAUUUAUUGUUGAACUUGUCAAAGCAUAUGCAACACAAGGAGUAUUGGUAUCGACCGUAGAAAAGGCUGUUGCAAAAGAAGCUGAGAAAAAACGUGAAACGGACAAGAAACGAAAGCGAAUGUGA